AUGAUACCACUUAUUGAAACAAUUCAAAGUGUUGUAUCAAGUAUACAAACAAAAACAGAAACACAUCCAUUGAAAGAUGAAAUUAAAAUUACUGAUCAUUCACAAGAUGAUACAAGUUUAAUAACGACAGUUGCUACAGAAUCAAAAGAAGAGAUCAGCAGUGAUCAAACUCCAACUGAAGAAAAUAAACCUACAAUGGACAGUUCAGAAAAAUUGAAAACAGUAUUUGAAAGUCUUCAAGAAACAAUUACAGCACCAAUUAUAGCAAUAACCGAAACUAUUCAAACCGCAAUGUUAAAUCUUCAAUCAGACAAACAAGAAAUUUCAUCCUCAUCUAGUACAGAACAACUGAAAACAGCUCUUACAGAAAAUAUUUCUAUUGCCGAAACAGAAUCACCUUCUGAUGUUGUUAAAUCAACAGAUGACAAAACAACUGACGAUUCAAUCAAAGAAAUCGAAUCAACACCAUCUUUCUCUAUUGACAAUACUCAAGAAAAUGUUUCGACAACAAUCACAACACUUACUGAAACGACUCAAAAUGUAGUACCAAUAAAUGUAUCAUCAACAGAUACACAUACAGAAGAAGAACCAGCUGUUCAACAAGAAAAAUCUGAAGGUCAAUCUUUUGAAGGUAGUGUUUCAGCAGAUACUGUACAUGAUCAAACUAUCGACGAUCGUACAGAGCCACACGAUACUGUUGUGACUGGCAGUCCAGUUUCAACUGCAUUAGAUACCAGUAGCACUGUCGCUGAACAAGUAAAUGAACAAAAAGAAAAACAAGAAACAAUAAUCACAGAAUCUUCACCACCUGAUUUUCCGGAAUCUACUUCUCCUAUUCAAAAGACAGAGGAAAUAACAACUGAAAGUGUUUUAUUUACUCCAGCUACUCAAUAUGAUGAACAAAUAUCAACAUCUAGUCCUGUAGCAGUAGAACAAGAAAAUAUUUCUGAUAAACAAGAAACAAUUGUAACUGAAUCUUCAUCUACCGAUAUAUCACCUAUAUCAUCAGUUGAUCAAAAGACAGAAGAACUACCAGCAAAAGAAGACCAUACAAUCGAGAGUUUCACAUCGACUUCCGUUAUUCAACACGAUGAACAAAUAUUAACACCUACUGUUAUUCCAUCUGAACAAACUCAUAUUGACAAUAAACAAGAAGCAACACAUUCUGAAACGCCUAAAGUUACAUCUAUCGAUCAACCAACAGAAGAAAUUCGAUUAAUUAAUGAACAAGUUCCUCUAUCUACUUCUACUCCAUCUGAACAAUUAGAUGUUAUAGUUAAACAAACCAUAACUGAACCUGAAACAGUAACACCUGAAAAGCCAAGUGAGACAACUACUGAACAACUGUCUGACGAAAAUGCAUCAACAGAAACAAAGACUGCUUUCGAAGUAAUUUAUGAUGUUAUUACACAUCCAAUAUCAACAAUUACUGAAAAAAUUCAAAGUGUUAUAUCUACUUCAAUUAGCGAACCAACUGAACAAGCGCCAUCCGAUGAUACAAAACAUUCUACUAGUACAUUCGAAGAAAUAGAAACUUCGAAAGAUCAACAAGUUGCCGAAACAGAGAAUCUUCCUACCAUCGAGCAAAAACUCGAGACUGAAAAUGUCCAGUCUACUGAGACCAAAACUACUCUCGAGACUAUACGCGAGAUUAUUACACAUCCCAUAGCAACACUUACUGAGAAGAUUCAACAUGUGAUGACUUCUUCAACUACUGAAGAAGUUCCAACAUCCGAACAGCAGGCUUCAACAAUUCCUAUUGAUCAAAAUAAAUCUGAAGAUAUUACAUCAACAAUAACGGAACCAACUAUUGAAAAGACUCAAGAUACGGUUACAAAUCCACCAACAACGAGUGAUGAAGCAACUCAAUAUACUGUAUCAAAUACCAUUGAUCAAACUUCUUCAUACCAAGAAAAAGAACAAAUAUUACCAAAUGAAGUAUUUGAAUCAUGUUUACAAGAUCAAAUUCAAAGUCAACAAGAUUCAACUUCAAUAGCAGUAUCAUCUCAAAUUUCCGGUAAUGAAAAACCAAUACAAAAUAUAGAAUCCGAAUAUGAUGAUACUCAAGAUUUUGCUUCACUUAAAAUUGAUGCAUCAGCUAUUGAUGAAACAACUUUUGAAACAAAUUAUCUUCUUAUUGAUAUUGUUCAUAACUUAAUCAAUGAUAUAAUUAAUUCUGUUAUAUUUCGAUUAAAUCAAACUUCAUUUGAUAAUGAACAAAUAGAUAGAGAAAUGCUUUCUUCUGACAGUAGUCUUACUAGUACAAUAACAGUUAUAAAUGUUGACGAUCAAUCUGAAAAUAGUCAAUCAACAUUAAAUCAAGAAAGAAUAACAAGUGAAGAAGAUAGUUUUGAUAGUAAAAUGUUAAUAUCUGAUAUAGCUUGGCCGAAUCUUUUAGGUGAAAAGCCUUCUGAUGAAGAAAAAAUUAAUCAAUCAUUUGAACAAAUGAAACAAUUACUCGAAGAAGUUGUUCAAUCAUCGGAUAGUAUAACUGUUGAAAUCAUAGAUCAAAAAACAACAAUAACACUUCCAAAUCAUAUACAAUUAUUACCAAUGAUGGAAAAUACAACUCAACAAACUAUCAUUACACCUCAAACUGAUGAUAUCAUACAACGUUUAAGCCACGACAUUGGAUCAGAUUCGAUAUUAGCAGUUACUGAAAUUGAAAAUGUUCCAUUAAAAUUAUCAACUGAAUUUCGUGAAUCAUCACCAACAAAUAUUGAAGAUGAUUCACUUGAAUUAAUUCAUACAUUACAAGGACAUAGCAUUAUUCUUCCUUCUUCACAAUUUGUUCAAAUACAAACUGGUACAAUUAAUCAACCAUCUAUAUCAACUUCUUUUAUAGAAAAAGUUGAUGGACAAACUUCACAAGUACCAGAAAAAUCUUCAAGUUCAACAACAACAACAUCAUCACAAAUAACAGGUUCAGACCGAUAUGUUUCAUAUGCAAUACAUGAAAUGGGUGAUUCAUCACAAGAACGUUUGCCAGAUUUUCCUGUAGCAGCUGACAUACCUAUAUAUAAAUUAGUCAAAACAACAUCUGAUGAAAAUAAAGAGCAACAAAAGUUAUCUGAACCAAAUGUUAACAUCAAUCAAAAUGUAACAAAAGACGAUGAUCUAACUGAAUUUGAUGCAACAGAAAAUUUAACUUAUUCAGAUGAUGUACUUUUACAAAAACUUUAUGCUUCAGCUCCGAAUCGGCUAGAAAAUUUAGAUGCUAGUAGUACAGAUGAAGAUGCUGAUGAUACAAAUUUUAAUGAAUAUGAACAUCAUGAUAUAUCAAAUCUUUAUCGUAUUAUGAAUGAAAUAAUGCAACAAUGUGAUAAUCUGUCGCAAGAAUAUGGACAAACUUAUCAACGUUAUGAUGUUUCAAGUAAUAGCUCCACCUCCACAAAACAACAAUCACAUCAUAUCUACAUCACACCUGGNGGGACCGAGACCGGGACCGGGACUAAAAAUUUUUCAUACUGGUCCCGUACUGCGUAUGAUGUUGCGGUUUAUGGAGCAACACCUGGUGGUAUUGCUGCAGCUAUAACGGCAGCUCGAAUAUCACCUUCGUUUUCAAUUGUAAUUAUUGAACCAACAGCUUAUGUUGGCGGGAUGUCAACAGCGGGCGGCAUUGGCUUACGAGAUCUUGGCUUAGAACUUACUAUUAUGGGUUCUGUUGCACAAGAAUGGGUGCAUAAUAAUUAUAAGUAUUAUAAAAAUGUAACGAAUCCUAUUUAUCAACCUGAUAUGAAUGUAAGCCGUCAAAGUUUUCUUGAUUUACUUUCUAUGUAUCCAAAUAUUCAAUUAAUCAUUGGAACAGGACCAUUGAUUGAUAAAAGCAUACAAAUAAAUGGUACACGUAUUAUUCAAAUAACUACAGUUGAUGGUCGACGUACAUGGAAAGCAUCCGUAUGGAUUGAUGCUAGUUAUGAAGGUGAUCUUGUUCAAUAUUCAGGUGCUUCUUAUACAUGGGGCAGAGAAUCACGUGAUCAAUAUAAUGAAUUAUAUGCUGGCGUACAACCUUAUACAACAUUUGCUAAUUUCAUACCUAAUUAUCCUGUUAAUGCUACAUUAGACAACGGAACAUUAGCUCCAUAUAUUUCACCUGAUAAAUUAGGUCCAGUAGGCUCUGCUGAUUUCAACAUGAUGGGAUAUUCAUAUCGUUUAUGUGUAACACCAAACAAAAAAAAACAAGCACCAUUUGUUAAACCAGCAAAUUAUGAUCCGAAUAAUUUUGUUAUUUUACAACGAUAUAUAGACUCAUUAAUAGCUUCAGGAAAAUAUCCAACGGGACCUCCUUUUGAUAAACUUGUUGAUGUAUUGAUUUAUCGAGGUUAUCCAUCUGGUGAUAAAUUUGAUAUGUGUGAUAGUUUUGGAAGUGCAUUUACAAGUGAUUCAAUUAAUUUAAAUCGAAAUUAUGUUAAUGGUACAAUUCAAGAUCGUCGUCAUAUUGCACAGAUUGUCUCGGACUAUGUACUUGGUAUGAUUUGGUAUAUUCUUACUUCUUCAUUUGUUCCAGAAUUCACCCGAAAUUCAUUAAAAAAAUAUGCUUUAUGUAAUGAUCAAUGGCCAGAAAAUAAACAUAUACCACCACAAUUGUAUGUUCGUGAAGGACUUCGUUUAAUAAAUGAAAAUGUUUUUACACAAAACCAUAUUGUAAGUGGUCUAUGUCGUAAUGAUACAAUAGCAUUAGGUAGUUGGAGUCAUGAUAUACAUGUUGUAACACGAACAGCGAACGGAUCUUAUGUUAAUAAUGAAGGAGCAAUGUAUAAAUCAAUUGCUUAUGUAAACGGUUCUAAAAGUGGAAAAGCUUUUGAAAUACCUUAUUCGAUAUUAUUACCAAAAAGAAAUGAGGUUACAAAUUUACUUGUACCUAUUUGUCAUGCAGCAUCUCAUGUUGCUUAUGCAGCUACUAGAGUUGAACCACAUUUUAUGUUAUUAGGUGGUGCUGCUGGAUAUGCAGCUGCUUAUUCAAUAUUAAAUGGUAAUAUUGAUGUACAAGCAGUUAAUAUUAGUCGCAUACAAGAAACAUUAUUACGAGAUGGUGUACUUUUACAUUAUCCCGUCGGUCAUUGUGAUUGA